AUGCCUAAUGCACCUGUGAGCAAUCUGGGAGAAACAAGCUGGAUUGGGGGCUGCAACAAAGUCUGGAAACAGCUAUGGAAAUUGAGAAUAAGACACAAACACAAGUUGUUUCUAUGGAAGUGUUUACACCAGGUGUUACCCGUCAGAGAGGCUAUAUUUAGGAGAACGGGAAAGGGUGAGCUAAUCUGUAAGCAGUGUGGAGAAACAACUGAGACGGUUGAGCACAUUUUCUUCCAAUGUACCAAAGCAAAGCUGAUAUGGAAGAUGGCUCCGUUACAGUGGGAUGGGCUUCAUGAGGACACAACUGAUUUCAGGAAGUGGUGGAGCAGGCUAAUGGGAGUAAAGGAACGAAAGGAUGGAAUGCAACACAUUUGCCUAACUGUGGAUAUUCUUUGGCACAUUUGGAAAUCCAGAAAUGCAGUAGAAUUUGAAGGCAAAUAUAGGCAUCCAAUGGAGGUAGUCAGAAAGGCAGUGAAUGACUUUGAGGAGUACUAUAACUGCCAACAGGCACGGCAAUGUAUGAGCAUUUCCGAAACAGACAUAGCAAAUGAUCAAGAGCAAACGAGGGAACCAGAGCAGGACAUCCUGAGAGUUCAUAUACAUGUGGGGCAACACAUUGAAGGACUAAAUAUGGGAAUUGGCAUCACAGUAACAAAUGCACUGAAUCAGAUUGGGGCAGGGUGGAUGCUCACAUAA